AAUGAAUUAAUAAAUAAAUAAAAUAAGUGUGGUCUGAGGUGCGGAAGAAAAGAGCGGGAAUCCAAAGUUAGGGCAGGGACAUAAAAGUGCAGCAGCAGGGUAUUGAGAAGUCUCUCUCUCUAUCAAGUGGAAAGCAACAUGGAGUCCGUUCUUAAGAAACAUUUUGGCUACUCAGCAUUCAGGCCGUAUCAGAAACAGAUUAUUGAGCAUAUUCUAGACGGAAAUGACUCUUUGGUGGUUAUGGCUACCGGCAGUGGCAAGUCAUUGUGCUAUCAGGUUCCUCCCUUGAUUUCAAAUAAGACUGCUGUGGUCAUAAGCCCUCUUAUUUCCCUAAUGCAAGAUCAGGUAAUGGCACUCAAACAGAGAGGAAUUAGAGCUGAGUAUCUCUGCAGUGCUCAGAUCGACUCCACUGUUCAAAGCAAGGCAGAGUCUGGCAUUUUCCAUAUCCUCUACAUGACUCCCGAAAAGGCUUCUUCUGUUUCCAACAGCUUUUGGUCUAAACUUCUAAACGUUGGGAUAUGUCUUUUAGCCGUCGAUGAAGCCCAUUGCAUUUCAGAGUGGGGUCAUAAUUUCAGGGUGGAAUACAAGCAAUUAGACAAAUUGCGUGAUGUUCUCAUCAAUGUUCCAUUUGUUGGAUUAACAGCAACUGCUACAGAAAAGCUGCAGUCUGAUAUUAUCCAGUCGCUUAAGCUGAAAGAUCCAUAUCUUGCUGUUGGCUCAUUUGAUCGUAAAAAUCUAUUUUAUGGAGUCAAAACUCCUAAUCACGGUUCAUCAUCUGUGUUCGAGUUUGUGGAGGAGAUCUUAAAAUGUGUAGCUAGUUCUGGUUCAAUUAUUAUAUAUUGUACCAGCAUCAAAGAUGUUGAGCAGAUUUCCAAAUCGCUUCUCGAGGCAGGAGUUAAAUCUGGAAUCUAUCAUGGUCAAAUGGCGAGUAAAGCUCGCGAGGAGUCGCACAGAUUGUUCAUAAGAGAUGAAAUCCAAAUUAUGGUUGCAACAAUUGCUUUCGGAAUGGGCAUUGAUAAGCCUGAUGUCAGGCAUGUCUUACACUAUGGGUGCCCUAAGAGUCUAGAAUCUUAUUACCAGGAAAGUGGGCGCUGUGGUCGAGAUGGUAUUGCCUCAAAUUGCUGGCUUUACAAAAGAAGCGACUUUGCAAAAGCUGAUUUUUACUGCAGAGAAGCACAGUCAGAAAGUCAGAGAAAAGCUAUAAUGGAAUCAUUCAUGGCUGCACAACAGUAUUGUAUGCUGAGAACUUGUAGAAGAAAGUAUCUGUUGGAGUACUUCGGCGAGAUCUGUGCAUACGAGAAUUGCGGAUACUGUGAUAACUGUACCAUCCCCGAAAAGGAGAUUGACGUUUCUAAACAAGCAUUUUUACUUAUGGCCUGCAUUAAGUCAUGUGGGGGUCGUUGGGGACUUAAUCUUCCUGUAGAUGUGCUUUGUGGAUCUCGAUCGAAAAAAAUUGUCGAUGCUCGAUAUGACAAGCUUCUGUUUCAUGGCCUAGGCAAGGAGGUUUCAGCAAACUGGUGGAAAAUUCUUGCUUCACAACUGAUUUCAUUUGGUUUUUUGACAGAGAAUCUUAAUGAUGUAUAUAAGACUUUCAGAAAAAUCUUCAAACCUAGAAUGAAUGGAUGGGCCAAAAGCGUGUGUAGCUUACCACAUUACCCGAUCUAAAAGACGAUCCAGCCCAUCAAACACUGUAUAAAACCUCAGCGGGAAUAGUCGUGGGGGUCUGGAUGAAGCG